AAGCUUUUUAAUACUUUUAUUAGAUUUAAAGAUCUUAUUUGUUAUGUCAUCUUCGUUGCUACAGUAUUUAGAGGAUUUAAAAGAUGAAGAAAAUUCGUCUGACACUUCUUCAUCUAAAAGUACAACAUUCACUUCAAUAAAUAAAUCAAUUAGGCAGUUUGCGUCUCCAAUUUCAGUAAAUAAACAGACGGAUUCUAAAGUUUUGAAAAAAAGUGAUGUUACCGAUAAUGAACCUAUUGAAGCGCAACAACUUGAAAACUACCUUCCGGUAGAUAACUAUGAUGACCAUGGAAUGACACCUCUUAUGCAAGCAUGUCGCGAUGAUAACACAACAGAAGUUGAUAAACUUAUUAAAGCUGGAAUUAAUAUUGAUGAGAUAGAUGCUGAUGGAAGAACAGCAUUAUUUUAUUCUAUAACAUUUUCUUCUAUAACUAUUGUACAAACAUUGUUAUCUGCAAAUGCUGAUCCAUUUAUCGUAGCUGGGUUGUAUGAAAGGAAUUGCUUACAUCAAGCAUGUAAACGUGCAAAAAAUGCAGUUGAAGUUGUUCGAUUACUAUUGCAAAUAAUGGGAGAUGAAACCAAACUUGAGCAAGAUAAAGCUGGUUUUAUUGCUUUACAUUUAGCAGUUAGUACUGGAAAGCAAGAUGUUUGCAGAGAAUUGCUUUCCACACAUUCAAAAGAACAACUUCAUGCUAUAACAAGAGACUAUGGGGAUACUGCACUUCAUUUAGCAGCAAGAAGAAAAGAACUCAAUAUUAUAAGAUUAUUAGUGCAAGCAGAAGCAAAUAUUAAUCAAGUUAAUUUGGAAGGACAAACUCCCCUUCAUAUUGCUGUAGCCGAAUCUGAUGUAGAUUCCGUUGAAUACCUAAUAAAUGAAAAUGCUUCUGGAAUUAUCAAAGAUAAGAAAUAUCGAAAUGCAUUACAUAUUGCAACUGAAAUUGGUAACAUGGACAUUAUUGAACUGCUCAUUGAGAAAUGCCAUAUUGAUAUAAAUGAGCUAUCUAAGGAUGGAAGUACUUUAGUUCAUUUAGCAGCAAAGUCUGGACAUGUUCAAGCAAUGAUUUAUUUUAUUCAAAAAGGUAUUGCAGUUAAAACUCCAAAUAAGGAAGGAGCAGAAGCUCUACAUGAAGCAUGCAAACAAGGUCAUUUAGGAGUUGUAAGAAAACUCAUUGCAAAUGGAGCAAAAAUUGAAAGAUGCACUAAAGAUAAUUACACACCUUUGCAUAUUGCAGUACGAUAUGGAAAAUAUGAUGUGGUGCAACUUCUCAUUGGAGCUGGUGCAAAUGUUAAUGCACUUGGAGGACCUGAAAAUGAAUGUUCAUUGCAUUUUGCUGCAAAACUUAAAAGGAAUUCAGAAAAAAUAACAGAUCUUCUUUUAAAAAGAGGAGCAAUUGUUGAUAUUACAGAUUUUAAUGGAGAAACAGCUUUGCAUGCAGCUAUUCGUGUUAUUAACUACCCAGUUGUCAAAAUGCUGGUUGAAGAAGGAGCAUCCAUUACUAAAACAAACUUAGCUGGUGAGACAUCUGUUCAUUUAUCAGUUUCAAGUAUGUCUGUAGCUUCUUUGUUGAUAUCAAUUGAUGAAAUAAAAAAAAACACAUCACAUGAAAUGUUUUGCUUUUAUUUAAAUAGCAGAAAUAAGCUGGGUGAAACUCCACUUCAUUAUUGUGCUAAUAUUACUCCAAAAAUUGAAAACCAAGCAAUUUACACAGAUCUUAUCAGGUUGUUGUUAGAUAAUUAUGCUGAAGUCAGUAUACCAACAUUCGAGACAAAAGAAACCCCUGUACAUUAUUGCUGUCGGAAUGGCAAUACUGACAUUCUUCGAAUGAUUUUUGAAUCUAUGUCUGAAAAGGAAGCUUCUAAAGCAGCAAAUUUUAAAAAUAGUGAUGGAUGGACACCCUUGCUUGUUGCUUGUUAUUAUGGAUACCACAAUAUACUUCGUAUAUUGCUUGAUAAUGAUGCGAGAGUAGAUUUGUUUGAUGAGAAUGGCAAAGCAGCACUUCAUGUAGCAUGUGAAAAUGGGCAUAUUUUAUGCGUGAACCUAAUAAUGGAGAAGAGGGCUUAUGUGAAUGCAAAAACUAAGUUAGGGAUGACACCUGUUAGUCUUGCUGCUUCUAAUAACCACUGUCAACUCAUUGAGAUUCUUGUUAAUAAGUACAUGGCUUCUUAUGAUAUUCAAUCUUUGAUAAAACGUUCUGCACUACAUGUUGCUUCAGAAAGGGGUCAUAUAGAGGCAUGCAAGAUUUUGAUUCAUCUUGGUGCUGAUCCGAUGCUAGCUGAUAUUAAUCAAGCUGCACCAAUUCAUCUUGCAGCUGAAAAUAACCAUCCUGAUGUUGUUAAAAUGUUCUUAGAUGUACGCCCAGAUCUUUCAUAUUUCAUCAAUAAGGAUGGCAACAACUGUGCUCAUAUUGCUGCAGCUAAAGGAAGUUUAGAAGUACUAAAAGCUUUAAUAAAAGUAAACAGCACAAUGUCAUUUUCGAAGAGUAAGACCACAUUAAGGACACCCUUACAUUUGGCUGCAAUUCAUGAUCAUGUUGACAUUAUUCAACUACUCAUAAAUCAAGGUGUAUCACUGCUAGAAGAAGACAAAGAUGGAUUAACUCCUCUUCACCUUGCUGCCAAGUUUGGUGCAAGAAAUGCUAUUGAAUUGUUUAAAGGAAAAAUAUCAUUUAAUGUAUUUAGUUCUAAGACUGGCAUGAAUCCUCUUCAUCUGGCUGCUGAAUUUGAUCAGGCUGAGUGUUUGGUUGAACUUAUGUCCAAAGUGCCACCAAGUAUAGCCAGUGAGUGUCCUGCAGGAAAAAUACCAGCUGAGACUGAGCAUGGUUUAACAUGUUUGCAUUAUGCAGCAAAAAAUGGGCAUGAGGUAACUCUCAGACAACUUUUAAAUUCAGACGGUGUAAUAGUUGAACAUCCAACAUCAAAAAAGGGUUUGCUAUCAAUUCAUAUGGCCAUAGCAGAAGGUCAUGCCAAUGUGACAAGUAUUUUAUUGAGUCGUUCAGCAGAACAAAUCAAUGCUAGAUGCGCUAUUGGAAGAACAGCUCUUCAUUUUGCAGCUGGUAAUAAACAUCUUGAACUUGUGCAACUUCUUCUAGGACAAGGUGCAGAAAUUGAUGCACAAGAUAAGAAUGGCUGGACACCACUGCACUAUGCUGCUGAUGCAGGUUCUACUGAUAUAGUAAUAUUUUUGGUCCAAAUGGGUGCCCAACCUUCAAUAGAAGAUAUGGAUGGUAAAGCACCUAUUACAUUUGCAGCAAAACAUCAUCAUCUUCAAACAAUGUCUUUUCUUCUGCUCCAUAAAUUUGAAGUAAACACUUUGCUGCAAGAUAAUAAAUUUUUAGGUCAUUUAAUGAUCUGCUGCAACUUAAAUGACAACGAGUCUGCACAAGAUUUUAUUUUGAACUCUCCAGCACCCAUUUACACUGCAAUGAAAUUGACAUUGAUGUACAGACAAGAAUCUAUAAGAGUCAAAGAUAAAAGUGAAGAUUAUAUGAAAAUUGCAGAAUAUUGUGAACAAAUGACUUAUGAAAUCCUACAUGUAGCCUCGACUUAUGGAUGUGAAAGUUUACUCAAUGCUGUUGAUGAUUUACAAAAGCCUCUUCUUGAUGUCUUAAUAGAUGAAGAGUUUAAACUAUGUGUUGCUCACAAUAAUGUUCAAAGUUACUUAAGCAACCUCUGGAAAGGCAGUGGUAUGUCUAUUGAAGGAGUGUAUGCUAUCUUAUUUACUGUUGUGUGCUUUUUAUGUCCCCCUUUUUGGUUUUUUCUUUGUCUUCCCUUUCAUCGGUGGAACAAAGUUCCAACAAUAAAGUUUAUUUGACGUUUCCAACUUACGCAGAGUAUAUACUGGUGAUAUGGGUUUCUGGUCAUUUGCUUGCAGAAAUCACAGAACCUGAAUCGCAACCUUUUCGAAUUUUUACCCUAUUUCUUAUGUCAGCUGCGUUUGGAACUCAUAUAGUGGCAUUAUUUAUGAGUGCCACUACUCGAGAAGAAAUUUUAUAUGGAAGAGAUAAUAUUUUGGGAGUGGCGUUAGUAAUGCUUAUAUCUCAAAUUUUGCUUUUUCUUUCACUAAAUAAGAUCUUCGGUCCAUGGUCAGUAAUGAUCGAAAAUUUAGUUAUUGAUGUAUGCAAAUUCCUUGUUAUUAUGUUUUUGUUCAUCUUUGCUUUUACAAUGCAUACGGCUGUUGUAUUUAAAAGAGUGUAUGGUCUUACGGAAACUGAUGUAACAUUAACGACAGCUCCAUUUGCUGAUAGAUAUGAUCAAAAUGGAUUCUGGGACAUGUUCUAUGAUAAAUUUUUUGGACUCUUUGGAUUUACAGAACCUCCUGCUACAUUAUCGCCUUCUGAACAAGCAACUAAUCCUAGAUCCACAUACAUAAUUGGGACAAUAAGUUUUGCUAUGUAUCAGAUUUUAGCUAUAAUAGUUCUUCUGAACAUGUUGAUUGCUAUGAUGAGCAACACUUAUACGAGACUAGACGAGCAGUCUGAUAUAGAAUGGAAAUACGGACGAGCAGGUAUUAUUCGACUUAUGACCAAGUCGUACUCUAUUCCUAUUCCUGCAAACGUGCUAGCAGCACUUUGUUCUAUAGUUUAUGUAUGUAUAAUUCAUAAUGGAUGCUGCUGUUUGAAAUCAUGGAAAAGCCGUUUUAAGUCGAUUUCAAAAGAAGAUCAAUCUAUUCCAAAAGAAAAUCAAGAAAAUUUACAAAGCACUAUUUGGGAUGUUGUUAACUGGUCGAUUAUAAUAGAUGAGUAUAUGUUAAAUAAUGGAAUAGAGGAUCGCUUUGCAAAAAUAAAAAAAGCAGCUGCAGCUAUGUCUGAUGAAAUUUUGAAGGUUCAAUCCUCAACUAAUUAAGAAAAUUUAGUUAACUUUUUUGAGUUUAUCAAAAAAAUUAUCUUUUUAGUUUA